AUGGACACACCGCCGCCACUACGGCCGGAACCAACUUCCGGCCGCCGCGACCUCCGCCGUACUACACCAUUUCAAUUCCUUAAUUUCGACGCCUUUCCAAUUCUCUUUCUCGUCAUUUCUCUGUGUUUCAUCUUUGUUGUCUCAAUUUCUCCAUUCUACAGUUUCAGUUUCAGUUUUCGUUCAUUUAAGCCUCGAUCAACAUGGAAAAGCUUGGACUUCCUCUGCUUGGCUUUGGUCCUCUUCGCCAUUGCCUGUGGGCUUCUCAGCAAAAACAAUGGCGAAAACACAGUUCGUGAAGAAAUUUACAGAGCUUCUGUUACUUCAAAUGAUUCAGAGCUGAGCUACAAGUCAAACCCAUCGAUCCCAAAUCAAUGGAAUGGCUACACAGAUCGGACGGAUCAGAUUCUUCUCCAUUAUCCGCCGGAGAUCGCUGGAGUUGAAUACUGGCGGCUUUCCGGCGGUGGUUAUAUAACCAAUUAUCAAUCUAUCAGUUCAGAUUCUCUUCAGCAUUGUAGAAAUUUGAAGGAAUUUGAAGAAGGGUAUGAUUCCAAGAGAGUUUCUAAAGCUGCAUUUUCUGUUAAUGAUGAAGAAAUUUCCCCUUCGUUUUCGCCUCUGUAUCAGAUUUCUGUUCCUCCAUUAGUGACACCUCCGCAGAUUUCUUCGCCGCCGGGUGCGGUGGUUGUAGCGGAAGUAGAGAGAAUAAAUGAAGGGGAUGGAGGUUUUGAACCUGAAUGGCUCGGAGAGGAUUUUCAGGCGAUGAAAGUUGAAAUAAGCAAAAAUGAGAAACAGAGAGAGGUGGAGAGUAAAGAAACAAAGAGGAAGAAGAACAAGAACAAGAACAAGAUGAAGAAAUGGCAAAAGGAUGUUGAGAAUUUCAAAGAAUUCUUUACUCCACAACAUCGGUUCAAUCGGAAUUUAUCUCCGCCGCCAGCGCCAGGGCCGCCGGUGACGGUUCAUCAGUAUCAAAUUUCGAGUAUAGUAGGCGAAACAAAAAGAGGUUUCCCAGCUCCACCAGAAUCCUCGCCGCAAAAACUCAUUGCUGUGAGAACCCAGAAUAGCACCGUUGAGCAACCGCGGUCAGGUGCAUUAGCUCCGCCGUCGACGACGGCGGAAUUGCAGAUUCUAUUGGAAGGGGAAUCGAAAAGAAACGAAAAUGCAGAGAGAAAAGGAGCGAGAUUUUGUGGAAGUCCGGAUGUGAACAGUAAAGCUGAUAGCUUCAUCGAGACAUUCAGAGCGGGUUUGAAAUUGGAGAGGAUGAACUCGAUGAAGGAGAGGCAGAGGAAGACGAGGACAUCCAUUUUGGGCCGUAAGGGCCCAGAACAGUAA